AUGGACUGGCCUUUGAACUUCACCGGCUCCUUUCUCACUCUCCCCUCCCCCUUCCCGAGCAAUGGGAGCAGCAGCCCUGAGAAUCUUAGCCCCAGUCAGCCCCCACUCUCGAUCUUUGGCGUGCUAAUCCUCACCCUGCUGGGUUUACUGGUGGUGGCGACCUUCACGUGGAACUUGUUGGUCCUGGCCACCAUCCUCCGCGUGCGCACCUUCCAUCGGGUACCCCACAACCUGGUAGCCUCCAUGGCCAUCUCUGACGUACUGGUGGCAGCUCUGGUCAUGCCCCUGAGUUUGGUGCACGAGUUGUCCGGACACCGCUGGAAGCUGGGUAGGCGUCUGUGUCAGCUGUGGAUCUCCUGCGACGUGCUGUGCUGCACUGCGAGCAUCUGGAACGUGACAGCCAUCGCCCUGGACCGAUACUGGUCUAUCACCCGUCACCUAGAGUACACUCUCCGGAUUCGCAAGCGCAUCUCCAAUGUCAUGAUCACCUUGACCUGGCUGCUCUCAGCAGUCAUCUCCCUGGCCCCUCUGCUCUUCGCCUGGGGGGAGACCUACUCCGCGGACAAUGAAGAGUGUCAGGUGAGCCAGGAACCAUCCUAUACCGUCUUCUCCACUGUGGGCGCCUUCUACCUUCCCCUCUGCGUGGUGCUCUUUGUUUAUUGGAAGAUCUACAAAGCUGCCAAGUUCCGCAUAGGCUCCAAGAAGACCAACAGCGUCACGCCCGUGCCCGAAGCCGUGGAGGUAAAAGAGGCCCUCCACCAACCUCAGAUGGUAUUCACUGCUCGUCAUGCGAUGGUGACCUUCCAGACUGAUGGGGACACAUGGAGGGAAAAGAAAGAGAAGAAGGCAGCUGUCAUGGUGGGCAUCCUUAUUGGAGUGUUUGUGCUUUGCUGGAUCCCAUUCUUCAUCACUGAGCUCAUCAGUCCCUUCAGUUCCUGCAACAUCCCUCCCAUCUGGAAGAGCAUUUUCUUGUGGCUUGGCUAUUCCAAUUCCUUUUUCAAUCCUCUAAUCUACACAGCUUUCAAUAAGAACUAUAACAGUGCCUUUAAGACCUUUUUUUCUAGGCAGCGAUGAGAAAAGGGAAGACUGGGAAGAGAGGCUGAUGAUCUCCUACCCUACCGUUUAGUCACACUGAGGACCUCUGAUCAUUAGUAGUCAAGAUUAUCCUGGGUUUCCAACAAAUUCCAAAGAUCUUUCCUCAUGAAGGUCUGACCUCUUGCAACUCUUCAAUUGGAAACUCUGAAGAAGGAAAGAGCCCUCUCCUACAUGCAGGGGGAGGUGGGGCAUGGCAUACUCCCUAUGACGUUUCCUUUCCUUCCUAAGACCCCUCCCAGAGUGAGAAUGAGUGAGUGAAAAUGACUAAACAGGAUAGUUUCAGCUCAACACACUAAUUUGUAUAUUUCCAUUUGCAAGGUUUUUCUUUAGUUACUUUUCUAUGGGAAGGGAGAAGCCCAGAAAAGUACAUCAGUCUUAGAAAUAGGUGGCACCUCAAAGUCAUCAGCCCAGGUGGAAGCCGCUAAAUUUACCCAUGAGUUUCUGUGCCCUUUAAGGGCCUACCUAUCCCUGAGAGACUGUAUGUUCUGUUCUGUGUAUUUACAAAAACACAAAAACAGAAACAAAAGACUCACCUGACUUUUCACAGAAACAAGCUGAAUCAAAUGCUACCUUUCAUUUUUGAAGGAACUAAUAUU